AAACACGUCAGAUUUACCGAUACUGAAAAUCGGGACGUCAAUCUCGAAAGAAAAGUACUUUGUCGAUAUUUACAUUUGACAAGCUGCAAUCAGAUGUAAAACUUUUAUUGCCCUAAUAAAGGAAACGUUAAAACGUCCAUUUGUGUCUGGCAGAUGGUUUCGAUGUGUCCGAUGGAUUCUUUUUUUCUUUCGGUCUCCGUUUGGGAAAAAGAUUUUGCAUUAGUUGUUUCGUUAAUCUAGUGUCGUGUCUGUUUUAUACUGCGGUUUCUAUAGAAACAACUUUUAAUCAUUUGGUGACAAAAUUUGGAGGACUCAAAAAAUGAGAAGGAAGGUACCUACUGGUUGGGCGGAUUGCCCAGUUGGUGGGCGACUGUUAUAUAAAUUUAUGCCAAUCAAAACACCACUUGGUGAAUUCUACGAUAACAAAGUGGAACCACUAAAACGUUUUCAUCCAAUUGACAUUUUGAAAUUGGCAGAAAGGGAAGAUGUUGAAAUAGGAUUGCUGAUAGAUCUGACCAACACCGACAAAUAUUAUUCAGAUGAAGAAAUUUGCGGUUUAGGUUGUAAGUACGAGAAAUUGAAAUGCUUAGGAAAUGGUAGGGUGCCAACACCUGAACACGUAGGGACAACUUUAAAUAUAAUAGACGAUCAUAUUAAACAAAAUCUAAACGGUUGCAUCGCCAUUCAUUGUACGUAUGGAUUUAAUAGAUCAGGCUUCAUAAUUGUGGCUUAUUUGGUGGAACGAAUGAAUAUUCCUGUUGAGGAAGCUAUAGCUCGAUUUGCAGAGUGCAGACCACCAGGAAUAUACAGAUAUGGUUAUAUAAGGGAGUUAUAUAAAAGGUACGGUGAUCCAGAUAAUAUUCCUCCCGUUCCUACUCAACCUUUAUGGUUAUGAUUUUAAACCUUUUAAACCUUCACGUCUUCAACUGUCUAAGUACAUCAAUUUUUGAUUACAGUGACUAAGUAGGUGAAGGUAAAGAGAGUUUUUAUUUGGUUAGACAUUUGACUUUUGCAUUUGAUCAUGUAAUACGCAUGUA